AUGGCGGCGAAGGACGUGGCGCCGGACGUGAACGGGCACAGCCGCAGGGCGGUGCCGUCGGUGACGCUGAGCAGUGGGCACCGGGUGCCGGCGGUCGGACUGGGCGUGUGGCGGAUGGAGAAGAACGACGUCCGCGGCCUCAUCCACACGCCGCCAUCCGCAACGGCUACCGCCACUUGGGCUGCGCCGAAAAUUGCAGGUUCCAAGGAAUCCCCCGUCUCUCCGUGCUGUACUAUUCAACGUGAUGUGAUGAACGUCGUGUCUUCUGUUUCGUGGUCUGCAGCAAAAUACGGAAACGAAGCUGAGGUUGGUGACGCGCUUGCAGAGGCAUUCCAGACCGGGCUUGUCAAGAGGGAGGACCUCUUCAUCACAACCAAGCUAUGGAACUCAGACCAUGGGCAUGUGGUUGAAGCCUGCAAGGAUAGCUUGAAGAAGCUGCAACUAGAUUAUCUUGACCUCUACCUCGUUCACUUCCCAGUGGCUACUCCGCACACCGGAGUUGGCGCAACUGUGAGCGUUAUUGGUGAAGAUGGUUUGUUAGACAUUGAUACCACUAUCUCGCUUGAGGCAACAUGGCAUGCAAUGGAAGACCUUGUUUCUAUGGGACUGGUUCGCAGCAUCGGAAUCAGCAACUACGGCAUCUUACUCACCAGAGACUGCUUGGCCUAUGCCAGGAUAAAGCCCGCCGUGAACCAGAUAGAGCUGCACCCCUACUUCCAGCGUGAUUCCCUCGUCAAGUUCUGCCAGAAGCACGGCAUCUGUGUCACCGCUCACACACCCUUGGGUGUUCGGCUCGCUCUCAUGCCUCGACAACCCUGUCAUCAAGCUGCGACUGCGAAUAAUCCAUGGCAGGAGCUGUCGGAGAAGUACGGCAAGACCCCCGCGCAGCUGGUCCUCCGGUGGGGUCUGCAGAGGAACGCGGCGGUGAUCCCCAAGACGUCCAAGGUGGAGAGGCUGCAGGAGAACCUGGAGGUCCGGGACUUCGACAUCUCGGAGGAGGACAUGGAGGAGAUGAAGGCCAUCGACCGGAACCACCGCAUCAACCAGCCGGCAAGUUCUGGGGCGUCGACAUCUAUGCUUAGCUAG